AAGGAAGUGACGCAAUUUUGUCUAAGCUCUUUCCGCCCUCUUUUCGUCGAGGCUCAGCUAGUGGCCGGCCAACAUGCAGAUCUUCGUGAAGACUCUGACCGGCAAGACCAUCACCCUUGAGGUCGAGCCCAGUGACACCAUCGAAAAUGUCAAGGCAAAGAUCCAAGACAAAGAAGGAAUCCCCCCUGAUCAGCAGCGUUUGAUUUUUGCUGGCAAACAGUUGGAGGAUGGCCGUACUCUGUCAGACUACAACAUCCAGAAAGAGUCCACUCUUCAUCUGGUGCUGCGUCUGCGUGGAGGCAUCAUUGAACCUUCCCUCAGACAGCUGGCUCAGAAAUACAACUGUGACAAGAUGAUCUGCCGCAAGUGCUACGCUCGUCUGCACCCACGUGCCGUCAACUGCCGCAAGAAGAAGUGUGGCCACACCAACAACCUUCGCCCCAAGAAGAAGCUGAAGUAGACGUGUUUAUUUUGUCAGCUUUUCACGCCACAGUGUUGAUAAAUAAAUUUAAGAAAACUUAAA